AUGAAUGAACUAAAUAUCCAUAGAAUGCUAGGGUUCAAGACUCCACGCGAGGCUAUUGAAGGGGCCUAUAUUGAUAAGAAGUGUCCAUUCACCGGCACUGUUUCUAUUAGAGGUAGAAUCCUUGCUGGGACAUGCCACAGUGCAAAGAUGACAAGAACUAUCAUUGUUCGCCGCAACUACCUGCAUUUUGUCAAGAAGUAUCAGAGAUAUGAGAAGCGACACUCAAACAUUGCCGCUCACAUUUCUCCAUGCUUCCGAGUGAAAGAGGGAGAUUAUGUUAUCAUUGGCCAGUGCAGGCCGCUGUCCAAAACAGUGAGGUUCAACGUGUUGAAGGUUAUUCCUGCAGGGUCAGGUGGAGGGAAAAAGGCUUUCACUGGGAUGUAAACUUGUUUCUUUUUGUAGUAUUGUUAAAGUAUUAGAAGAAUGCUUGGUAUUUAGACUAUGCAAAACUCAGUCAAAGUUUCUCUCUAUGUACUUGCCAUGGAAGGCUUAAAUUUUUGUGCUACUUUUUUUUUUUUUUUUGGUUUUAUAUACUCAAGUGUUUUCAGAUUACUCAGCUUUGGUAAACAGUGGUUGAAAUCCUUCAAAUUG